AUGUCAGGACUACGCAAACAGCUUGAGAACAGUGCGGAUGUCAGUGCAAUGCUAGCUGUGACUAUGCUCAUUACAUGUGACUAUUUGACUGGAGACAUCAAGGCCGUCGCCGGACACUCAAAAGCACUACAGAGAAUGGUCGCUCUCCGAGGCCAAUUGCCCGAAGAUACUGCUUGGAAUAAGUUCGUUAAAGACGGUGUUCAAGGGUAUUCAAUGAUCGCGAACCUAGCAACUGGAAAAAGUAUUGAUGGCAAGACCGGUGACACGGAGCUCGAACGUGUCGUGGACCCCUUCCAUACUCUCGAGUAUCCUCAGCCUCCAUUCUCAGCCACCAAAUGUGAUGAGUGGACAGACUUGCCCCCAGGACUUCUAGACCUCAUCCUGACAUCACAGCUAUCAACCCAGCUUAUCGCCAUCAUUGAGGCCGUUAACGCGCUCGAUGCGAAAUGCGAAGAUACCUUUGUCGUGUCCGUCAAGGAGGCUCAGCCUUUGCAAGCAGCACUACAACGAUUCUCUCAACAUACUGACGUAACCUGGUCUGUUAGCGUACAGCUUUCAAUUCCCGCGGCUGAUGAUCCCAAAUUUAUUCCACGAUCCCCCAAUGCAAGGCAUGAUUCGCUUGUUAUCCGUUUCCUACCGAGCUCGAUCAACACACGAGAAACAUGUCCUAGCAUGGGUGCAUAUGGUUGUCGAAGCAUUUCUAGCGGCUCGUCCAACACGUUUAUCCGGGAGCAGGGACGUAUUCACGAAAGCGAUGAAUCGAUAUGA